UUUCUGUGUGUGUAGGGGGAAUUUGUUGAUAGAUAGAACGAGAAACAGUCGCAGCAAAACAACAAAGACGACGCAAACAAAACGAAUUUAGUUUUUCGAAAUCAAUUCAAAUCAAUUCGCAUUGCUCAUCUGCCUGCGUAGCUUUGUAUUUUUUGUGUGCUCCAACGGUGGAACACAGCAACAAGAUACAGCAAAGAAAAACAAUAAUAUCUAGGGGCCAGUGAAAGUGUAACGAGAUAAAUAGAUACAAUCAGCCAGAGAAUCCAGCAACAAUGGCCACAUAUCAAAUGAACUUCAACCAGGACUUUACUUCCCUGUCCGUACUAAGUCCCACAGGGCUUCGACUGUACUCGAUAGCCAGCCAGGACAAGGUGGAGGAGAUAUUCGCCAAGGACAACACGGAGCAGAUCCGAAUAGUGGAGCGCCUGUUCAACAGCUCGCUGGUGGUGCUGGUCACCGCCCAGAAACCCAACUGCCUCAAGAUGCUGCACUUCAAGAAGAAGCAGGACAUCUGCAACUGCUUCUACCCGUCGGAGAUCCUGUGCGUCCGCAUGAACCGACAGCGGUUGAUCGUCUGCCUGGCGGAGAGCAUACACAUCCACGACAUCCGCGACAUGAAGAUCCUGCACUCCAUCGAGAACAUCGCGCCCAACGAGCAGGGCCUGUGCGCCCUGUCCCUCAACUCGCACUUGGCCUUCCCAGUCUGCCAGAACAGCGGCGAGCUGCGCAUCUUCAACGCCAGCAAGCUGCGCACGGGCAUGACCAUCAAGGCCCACGACACGCCCCUCUCGGCCCUGGCCUUCUCGCCCAGCGGCGCCCUGCUGGCCACCGCCUCCGAGCGCGGCACCGUCAUCCGUGUUUUCUGCGUCAAGAAUGGCCAGCGGGUGCAGGAGUUCCGGCGGGGCGUCAGCUGCGUGCGCAUCGCCUCUCUGGUGUUCUCGGCCAGCGGGGACUUCCUGUGCGCCUCCUCCAACACGGAGACCGUCCACGUCUUCAAGAUCGACGCGCGGGCAGUGGAGGCCGUUGAACUGAAGGCGAUAGCGGAUGUGGCCGCCAAGUCAGAAACUACUGCCAAGGAAUCAAUAGCGGCCACCACAGCAGAGGAGGCCAACAAAACUGCCGCACCUGUCGCCAGCUGGGGCGGGAUGUUCUCCAAGGCGGUGUCCUCGUUGCUGCUGCCCACGCAAGUCAGCGAAGUGCUGGCCCAGGACCGAUCCUUCGCCACGGUGCAGCUGGCCCAGGGCGGCCUGAGGCACAUAUGCGCCCUGACCCGAGUGCAGAAGGAGCUGCGUCUGCUGAUUGCGUGCGAGGACGGCUUCCUCUACGUGCACGAGUUCCUUGCGGAUCGGGGCGGCGCCUGCAAACUGCUGUCUGUCCACGACCUGCGUGGAGCCCUGGAGGAUGUCAUCGAGUUGCAGCUGAGCGAAAGCGUACUGAGGUCGCAGAUCAAGUCGGCGAGUCCAGCGGUUAUGACGCAGCCCUCGCUUACGAUGCUGAAGAGCUGUGCGGCCAGUGUGCUCAUCGAGAAUCCGGACCCGACGCAGGAUAACAGCUAUGCGAGCAUUCUGAAGGGUGAUCAGGCGGAUGCGAUGUCAGAUUCCGCCAAGUUCCGAAAGCUCUGCGACGCCAUAGAUACUCCGACGAAGCUUUACGAUGAGCGACAAUUUCCGCCCGUGGCCAUUGCCGCCAAGGAUUGACCACGACGCCGCUGCCCGAAGGAUAUGGUCAUGGUCGAUAGACAGCAGAUGAAUAAGCAAUUUUAGAGAAUUCUCCAAGGACAUUACCUUAGAUAAAUCGCCCAAACAAAAGUGUUAAGUAAUGUACCCCAAGUUAUACUUAAUAGCAAAAAUACUCUUCAAAAAAGUAUUUUAAUUUAUAUAUAAGAGAAUAUUUAUAAUUCCUGUCUUAUUCUGUACAUAUGAAACAACAGAACUUUUCAACUGAGAAAUUCUUUUUUUCUAGUUCUGUUAAUUUAUUUUUGUCCUAGUAUUCAACCAGAUAAUAUUCUAUGCACAUUAUUUAAACUCUAUAUUUUUGUAAAAUAUCAAUUUAGCAAUUUAAUAAGUAUAUAGGAGUAGGUAAAAAUGUAUGGAUGGAUAAAGAAAAUUGUGCGAUAGAAGCUCUAAAAAAUAAAAAAAAAACCAAAACGGAGAAAAAAAAGCAACAAAUAAUGUACCUUAAAAUGAAGAGAAGUAACAAACGUAUUAUACUAGCUUUGCAAAAAAAAAAUUUACCAUUAUAAUGUGCAACAAUAUCGUAGAUAUUAUUAAUAUUUAAAGCGAAAAAGGAUCAGAAUAAUUUAAAAAAAAUCUUAAGUAUUCAUAUAAAAUAUUUUUAAAUAUUAUUUAAAUAGGACAACAUAAUUACUAGAGGAAUUUCGAAUUCAAAUACUUUACGAGAAUACUAAGAAGUAUGUUUGAGUUAUGUAUGUACGUAAACAAAAAGAAAAAAAUAAUUAACCAAAAAAAAAUUAAAAUAGAAAAUCAAAUAAAAACUGAAAAACCCCAA